UCACACUCUGAUCCCGAUUCCGCCGCCUCCCCCGCGUGAAGUCCGAUAGCGCCACCCAGCGGCCGCCUGGCCUCCUCGGCACUACAACUCCCGGCCUGCCUUGCAGCGCGGUACCGCAGAGCAUGCCGGGAGCCGGGGCAAGUGGCCCUUGCCUCGGCAGGCAUGGCUGCCGCGCCGUAAAAUACAGUGCGUCGCCAUAGCGACCGUACUCCCCCCUCCCCUUUGCGACGGCGCCGUGCGGUAGCGGCGGGUGGCGCCUUUGUCCUGGCGGCAGCGGCCUGACGGGGCACCGGGUCCGGGCCGGAACCGGCGAGUUGGAUUUGGAACGAAAGCAAAAUGGCUCGAGGACGCAAGAGCAAUAGCAUCAAACAGAGCGACUUCACUAACAGCACCAAUCCUCAGGAUUUAGAGAGAAGACUUUUUGUCGGCAAUUUGCCCACAGACCACAUGACUCGUGAAGAAAUGGAAGAGAUAUUUUCAAAAUAUGGCAAAAUCAGGGCCCUCAGCAUGUACCAUGGCUAUGGGUUCGUGCAGUAUGACCGUCUAGAAGAUGUCCAGGCCGCUCUGGACGGUGAGAAGGGUCGCCUUUAUAAAGGGUAUAGAUUAGAUAUUAAUAAAGCAGUGGAAAGAAGAAAUAUGAAUAAGGCUUCAUCAAGGUCCAGUCCGACACGAAGAGAGCAGUACACCUACGGGGAUGGCCGAGAUGGCAGGCGCGACCGCUCCCCUCUGCGGGGGAGCCCACGGAGAGACCCCAGAGAUGGCAGGGAUGGCAGGAACGGGCGAGAUGCUCGAGACGCUCGAGACAUUCGAGCUAGAGACAUGCGUGAUGCCAGAGACCACAGGGACCCACGGGACCUGCGAGACCCACGGGAUAUCAGGGAUCCAAGGGACUUGAGGGAUCCGCGUGACGUUAGAGAUCUUCGUGACCCACGGGAGCCACUGUAUGAUCGAUACAGGGAUCCACGGGAUAUGAGGAAUUCACGAGAUGUGAGGGAUCCACGGGAUAUGAGAGACCCUCGGGACCCUUUGUACAGACGAGAUGAAUCUUACGACCGUUACCUGCGCCUCGAGGACUACUACCGGCGCAAGGAUGACUCCUACUAUGACCGCUACAAGGAGCCAGAGGACCGCCUGAAGCGCGAGGAGCGGCGCCGGGAGGAGCUGUACCGUCAGUACUAUGAGGAGAUCAAGAGACGUUUUGAUGCAGAGAGACCCGUGGAUUGUUCUGUGAUAGUGGUGAAUAAACAGACAAAGGAGUACGCAGAGUCAGUGGGGCGGAAGGUGCGGGACCUGGGCAUGGUGGUGGACCUGAUCUUCCUCAACACAGAGAUGUCACUGACGCAAGCCCUGGACGAUGUGAGCAGAGGAGGGUCUCCUUUUGCCAUUGUCAUCACCCAGCAGCAUCAAGUUCACCGUUCUUGCACUGUUAACAUCAUGUUUGGCACCCCACAAGAGCACCGCAACAUGCCCCAAGCUGAUGCCAUGGUGCUGGUGGCAAGGAAUUACGAGCGCUACAAGACGGAGUCCCGGGAGAAGGAGCGGGAGGAGAUCGCCCGGCAGGCUGCCAAGAUGGCAGAUGAAGCUAUUCUGCAGGAGCGGGAGCGCCCACCCCCCAUGGAGGAGGGUGUCAGAGGAGGUCACCCUCCCGGGAUCCAAACUCUCCUGAACCUGCUGGCAGACAAUCGCUAUGUGACUGCUGAGGAGAUAGAUAAAGUCAUUAAUUACCUGAGAGACCGGAAGGAACGGUUGCUGCGGGGUAGCUCUGAAUCUCUGCAGGCACCCAUAUCAAGACAGCCUUUGGGGGCACCUUCAGGAUCGUCACUGGGUAGUCAGUCCAACCUUCCAAGUUCUCAGGCUCAUCAGAGUUCACAGCCUCUAGUCUCUACUCCUUCUGUUCCAGUGUCCUCUUCUACUCCUCAACAGGAGCUUCAAGCAAAAAUCCUCAGUCUCUUCAACAGCGGGGCGGCAGCGGCAGCAGCAGCUGCUGUGGCAAACAGCGGCCCUGCGGCCUCCGCGGGCUCUUCGGGCAGCACUCCCAACCAGAACUUUGCUAACAUGGCCAGCGGGCAGCCCCGGCCAGCACAGAUGAAUGCGGGAAAUCUAAACCAGGCUCAGCAGAGAUUGCAGACUCCAAACACGCAGCUUCCUGCUCUCCCGGGCCCUUCGAGAAACGCGGGUCCGAGACCUGGAGCUCCUCCGCAGCCUCAGCCGCUCUAUGGUCAGCACCAAACCCGCCUCCCUGCGCCUGGCAGUGUGCCUGCCCAAAGGCCAGUGUCUUCUGGUAUCAACUUUGACAACCCCAGUGUACAGAAGGCCUUGGACACCCUUAUCCAGAGUGGUCCUGCACUCUCCCACCUUGUGAGCCAAACCGUGGCCCAGGGGCGAGCGGGGUCCUCAGCCCAGCAACCCAUGGGUGCCUACCAGCGACACUAUUAGAGCUGAGCUGUUGGGCCCAUUCCCCUUCCCUUUGCCAUUCCAUACUUAUAGCUGUUUAAGGAGUCUCCCGUCCUUGACCCGGGACAGAUGCCCUGGACGUGCAUGUCCUCUCCACUCUGGCAAGAGCAUACCCCCUGCAGCAUUGCUGCCAACGGUUGCUGGCGCUGCCGUCCCUCUCCUUGGUCUGGUUAGCAAUGUUUGGAGCAGAAUGCUCAGUUUUCUCCACAGCACGAUGUGCUGAACUGUGUUGGAUCAUUGGUUGUCUUGUCCCAUCCCAGAAGCUGCUGCAGCACCAGUCCUGCUGCGUUUUCCUUACUCCCAGCACCUGGUGUACUUUCCCACUGAGGUGCAGUCUGGGCUCACUGAUUGGUCUUGGUGUAUUUUUGGAUUGUUGGUUUUGAUGAAUUAGGGGACUGAACAGAGCAGCAAACUGACAAGCCUUGGACACCCACCACUGUGGAAUGGGCACUAUUUUUCUUUGGAUUUCUUUCUCUUUUUUUUUUUUCUUCUUUUUUUUCACCCUUUUAAUAGCA